GGUACGGCAGUAACAUGUGUCAAUGUGAUGGACAACACUAGUAUUUCAAGCAACAAUUUAGUUUUGAUUCUGAGGAAAAAUACAGUAAAAGUUUACCGAUGUAAAACACUGGAAAAUUCCAUAUUUAGUAUAUGGUUUAAAAAAAAACAUCCGCGAGAAAGGGAAUUAAAAUUGCACAAAGCUGUCAACGAUUUCGUGGUAAAACAGAUCUUGCAAGGCGACGAUAAUGUCAACGGGAAAGAAUAAAUCAACGCCGAAGGAAGUUAUGAGAAUGAAAAACAGCUUGAAACUUGCGAAGACAAUAAAAACUUCUGAACUAGAUUCAAAACAGUGUGGUAAAAGAAGUAAAACAUUACACAAGGAAAAAGACACGAAAGCAAACAAGAAUGUAAAUCAAGCCACCGCACCUUUAACUAGUUUAACAAAGUCAAAACAGGACCUUCAUGACAGUAAGUUGAGUUUAGCAUCUAAAACGUUACCACCAACGAGGCCAGAGGAUUUCUCCUCCAACUGGAAGAAAAUGCAGAGCAUACUGCAACCUAAAGGGAAAAGAACAGGCCCACCACCAAGAAAAAAGAGAAAGUUAGAGAUCUCUCAAAAAAGAGACAGUACUGGUAUAAAACAGAAUGGAACUGAAGUACCAAGUGAUGAGAUCUGGUUUGAUGAUGUUGAUGAUAUUCUCAUAGAGAAGAGGCCAGUUACACCUGCAGUGUCUCAAAACUCAGAUAAAGCACAAAAUCAUAAUCCUUUGGUUUUUCCAAAUGGGUUAACAGAAGCAACAAAGGCACUGGCCAUGGACUGUGAAAUGGUUGGUGUAGGCAGAAAUGGAGAAGAAAGUGUUUUGGCCCGUGUCUCCUUAGUCAAUCAGCAUGGCAACUGCAUCUACGAUAAGUUCGUCAAAGCUCGUGAGAAAGUCACUGAUUACCGCACCCAUGUCAGUGGUGUACGGCCUGACAAUCUUGAAGAUGGUGAAGAUUUCCAUACAGUGCAGAAGGAAGUCAGUGACUUGCUAGAGGGGCAUAUUCUUGUUGGACAUGCUAUUCAUAAUGAUUUAAAGGUCUUGUUUUUGGACCACCCUCGUCGAGAUAUCCGAGACACAUCACGAUAUAAGCCAUUUCGACAGCUGAUGGGAGGCAGAACCCCAUCUCUGAAGAAACUUACAUCAGCUUUAUUAGGAGUGGCUGUGCAAGAAGGAGAACAUAAUUCUAUUCAGGAUGCUCAGGCUGCGAUGAGACUGUAUACAAUGUAUAGAAAACGGUGGGAACAAGAACUGAAGAAAGGCCGCAAAUAUACAAAAACAAAAUUGAAGUCAAAACAGAAAAAGAAGGUCUUAUUUAGUAUUUAAAGCUGCUGCUGCUCUCGUAAUUGUGCAUGUGUACUUGCAUUUAAUGGUUGUGCAUGUGUGAGAAUAAAGUUGGUUGACAAAAGCGGUUA